UGCUAUGGCAAAAUUCAUCAGCUUGAUGGACUAUUGACCAGCACAUGUCCUUCAGUGUUCAUAGUAAACACAAAUUGUUUUCAUGCAUUUGCACAACAUCUCUAAAGUGCAUGCACAGGGACUAGACAGAGAGCAUAUUUCUCCUAUCACUGGCUCCCAGUUAGAUCCAGAAUCUAUUCUGAAAUCCUUCUCCCCACAUACAAGGUCUUGAAUAAUCAGGCCUUAUCUUUUGUUGAAGACUUCAUAGUACCGUAUCACCCCAAUAGAGCACUUCACUCAGACUGAUAGCUUACUUGUGGCUAUUUAGAGAUCGAAUAGGAGGCAGAGCCUCCAGCUUCCAGUUUGGGUUCGGGAGAUAAACACCCACUCUACUUUUAAGAUUAGGCUUAAAACUUUCCUUUUAUAUAAAGGUUACAGUUAGGGCUGGAUAAGGUGACCCUGAACCCUCCUUUAACUAUGCUGCAAUGGUCUAGGCUGCUGGGGGCUCCCGUGAUGCACUGAGCCUUUCUUUUUCACUCGCUAUGUGUUUAUAAAUCACUCCGUAUUUCACCAUUAGUUAUUAUUAAUCUCUGGCUCUCUUUCACAGUGUGUCAAACUCACUCGCAACAAAGGACACGUUUUACAUAUUGUUUUUAAUCUAGGCCUGAACAUCAAGUCCAUUUAUUCUGACCACUUGUGUGUUCUUUUUUAUUCACUUACGAUUUGAACCCUGUUACUGGUUAUCAUAUAAAUACAGAAAAAUAUUUUUUAUCAUCUUUCUGCACAUCUUUCUGUUGUUUUUAACACUGAAAAUGCCUUUCCCCUUCCCUGGACAGCCAUGUAAAUCCAACCGUGCAUUCUUUUAAUGAUCACUGUUUUAAAUAAGGUAGCUCCUUUUAAAACCAGAAAUGCUCCCUCUGCUAACUCCUUACCCUGGAUGAGUAACAGUAUUAAUAAUUGAUAGCAUUCAACAGUGGAACGUUUGGACCAGGCAGACGGUGUGGUAGAUGCCUUGAUUAUUAUAAUUUACUGUCUUAAAAGUUGAAAAAAGGAGACAGUCAUAGUUCUUUAAGUUUGUGAAGACAUUUCACUUCUUAUCCAAGAGGCUUCUUCAGUUAUAAAAAGAAAAACUGCAAAGUCCUACAUCUUUAACCCCAACUGGGUUUUUUUCCCUUGGAGGAUCAUGUGUUUUACCACAAGAGCCAAGGUGUGAAAAAGUUAAGGAUGAAACCACUCAAAGACAUCGCUCCGUGCUAUGGCUUAUUGAGGUCACCUGAGGCAUGGUGUGAGUGGGGAUUGAAGCUUCUGGGAAGGGUUCUCAAGACUGCAUAGUAGGUGGCUGACAGCUGGUGUCAUAAGUCACAACCUCUGUUCAGUGAGGGUUGUGCACAGCUGAUAUAGAUAGCCUCCUUAUUCUAUUGGUUACCAGGCUCCAAACUGGGAGCUGUGGAGCUGUAGAAGUUGGUUCCACUUGAAUAAAAUUGAGUUGAACUGAACUGAAAUGAGGUGCUACGCCUUUGUAGAAGUCAUCCCUGGAUUUCUUAAAAGUGAUUCAGAAUGCUGCUGCAAGGCUUCUCACCACACCCCCAUGUGACGCUGAUUCUGUCUUCCUUAUGCUGACUCCCAAUAAAGUUUAACGUUCGAUUUAAAUUGUGCUGAUCACUAUCACAGCCCUCGAGUGCUUCUAUUUGUCACUGACCUGCUACAUCCAUACCCAACGUCUGAGGUCUGCUGAUCAAUGCUUCUGGCCCCCAGUUUGUGGAACUCUUUCUUUGGACCUAAAAUCUGUGGAUGCUGUUAAUACCUUUGAAAAGAAACUCAAGACUCCCCUGUGAUGGCAUGCCUUUAUUUAGUUUUAUCUGUUUAUAGAAUUUUAGUUGUUGUAUCUUAUUCUGUAAAACACUUUGUGACCUUGCUUCCUGUAAAGCUCUAUAUAAACAAACCUUACAUACUUACUUCCUCGUGGCUUUAAGUUUAGAGUGAACUUCUCUCAAAGUCCUCAGUCACCUUGGGCUGUCAUCGGCUGGAUGCAGCACCAGCAGCAGCAUAUCACCCCUCACCUGACGAGAGAAGCUUUCCAGCCCGUGCCUGCCUUACCUCUUUGUCCUUUGUUUGGACUGUUGGGGAGAAGCCAGUUCCUCUCGUGUAAGUGUAUGUUGGAGCAAGGGGAGAAAGGAGUGGGGGGACAGGGGCAAUAAAGAAAUGGAUCAUGUUAAAGAGGCGUAUUAAGCCACAUUAGAGAAGACAUUUAAAAAAUGAAGGAAAUUGCAGGAAGACAAAAAUUGGAAAUUGAGUUUGGCGAGAUCUGGAAGUUUAGGGUGAAGCGUGACUUUUUUUCCCUGUUUUUGGGGGGGAGGGAAUCUGUGAGACCUGAGGAGGGGAUGAGGGGAGGGGGAGGUGUGAGGUUUGUGAGGACAAAGAAAAGAGAAGCCGGUCAGGUGUACCGAGUCUCAGUCCAGUGCUGGUCAUGACCACAGCUCCAUGCCGGUAGCUACGAGAAGGGAGCAGACCGAGUGAGGAGCCGCCAAGGGACACAGCGAUGGUGAGGUGCUGGAAGCGUUCAGAAAACCGCCUGGAGGAAGAAGAGUGCACAGAUGGGGGCCCUGAGGAGUCCCCUUUGUUCCACUUCCCGCACAAGGCAUUCUGGGUCAGCCUCUCAGCCUGCCUGCUCCUGGCCAUCCUCGCCCUGGGUUUGACGGGGCACUUCGGGAGGUCUCAGCCUCACUCUCAGCCUUUGCAGACUGUGAGGUUCACUGUUUCAGAUCAGACUGGCGCGCUUAUCAACCAAUCAGCAGUUGUUGACCAGCAGAAUGACCUGGUGACCUUUUCUGUGACCUCGUCGAUGAAUCAGACGUCCACUGUGCUCUUUGAUAUAAAACAUAGUCUGAUAUGCUACAAACCCGUCAGCCAGGAGAGCUGCUUCCUGAGAAAGAUGGAGGAGUCAGACUACAAGAAUGUGAACUCCGUCCUCCACGAGUCGGCACGCAAGAGCCAGUUCCAGCUGUCUGGGAAUGAGACCCAGAGGCAGAUGGAGUUCCUGGGAGUACUGGCAGCCAGUCAGGUGAAUGUGUCCUCGCUGGAGGAGCCUCUCCAGGCCCUGUGUCAGGACAGGUCGGUCCACUGGACCAGGAGGACCGAGGGCCCAGGCAAACAGAGGUUGGUCUACUUCUGCAUCGACAUCUGCUUCCCCAGCAACAUCUGCGUGUCCGUGUGCUUCUACUACCUUCCAGAGUGACUCUGCAUUCUCUCGAUCCUCCCGGCAAAAGAUCAGGGAAACAAAGUUGUCUCUUUUCUUUUUGUUUUUGGCUCCCUCUUCAAGAACAAAAGCGAGCUUUGACUGUUUCCUUUGUGCCAUACAGCCACCAGUAAACCAUUUUCUUCCUUCCGAGAAAGAAGUGAGCUGGAGACAGGCUGUCACAUUUAUCGCCAAAUCCCCAUCAUCACUCUCUUCAUGUAUAAUUCCCUCUCUGGUGGCACGCUUCACAGAUUAAAGAAGAAAGAACCCCCGCCCCCCGUUUUUUUGUUGUAAAUGCCUCUAACUGUAUGUCCUGUAACGGACUGCUGUGUGUAACCGUUCCUGUUACAAUGUGACUGUUUUGUUCUGAGAAUAAAAGACACAACCUGUUGGGUAUAAAGACAUUUCUGUACACCGUUUAUUCAGCAGUCCUCCUCCACAUAAUGAAGAACAGAACAGCUAUUCAAAUAAAUCAUACAUAGCACAUGUAAGAGAUUAGACAAGUCUGCUGCACAUACAAAGCACCUGUGAUUAAUGUGGUCUUUUUUACAAUAAAUAUAGCGCUCUGUAAAAACAGAGUUUUGCAAUUUGAAUAAAAAAACAAACAAACUAUUAUGUCUGCCUCGUCAUUGACAGAUUUCUUUCUGUACGUCUGUGGAAACAAAAUAAGUCCAUUAAAACAGAUUUUAACUUUACAGAUUUUUAUUUUGGCUGUGUCACUCUGCGCAUAUGCCAGAGAUGGCCACUGUGCCCGCUUCCUCAAGUCGAUCACUGUACUGGCGCUGACAUACGUGACA